ACGAAAAAAUAAAUAAAUAAAUAAAUAAAUUCGAGCUUGGAAAGAAGAAGUUUGCGAAACUGUAAAACACUACAAGAUGAGAAAAACGGUGACUUCAUAUAGCACUUCUGAGCAAUGCAGGUGAUGAAGGCUACCAGGGUGACAUCAAAGGACACACACAUGCUAAGCCACAAUGGAAUGGGACAGCGCCAUGAUCGUCUCCUUUGUAAUGACGUUGUUCCUCAUAUUAUUCUUCCUGUGGCCCUUAGUGCAGGAGAUGGAGAGACGAGACGCCCUUCUCCUCAACGCCACACUAAGUAACAACGCGACCCAGUUUGUGAGCGAGGAGUGGCUGCGAGCAGGAGGAGUACUGGUCAACUCAACUGAGGACGAGGAGCUGAAGGGCGCGCCCAGGCCAGUACAACCUGACUGGUCUCUUGUUCUCGGCACCUUCCACCACACCAAGGACGAGAACUUUGAAGAGUUCCUCAUCAGUGCGGGCUUGUCGUUCUUCACGCGGACCAUCAUCCUCAGCACCUCCCCCUCCGUCACCUUCGAGCGGGUGUUCCAAGACGAUGAUGACUACUAUGACCUCCCAGGUGACAACUACCCAGAUGUCAAGUACUGGGAUGGAGAAGGAGGAGGAGGAUGGGGAUACGAAAAGGACAAGAAGUUUCAGGUGGUGCUGACUACCUCCUCUAUAGUCACAUUGAAGCAGAGGUUUCGCCUUGGCCAUCCCUUUACGAAGCAGGAUUAUGACGGCACGCCCUCCAAGAAUACUCUCACCUUUGUUGCACCCAAUGUACUCUACCACUUCAAGGAGAAGGAACAUGUCAACACCUCCAUUUACCACAAUUUUGACCAGGAAGGCCUUAUCACGACCAUCAUCAGCGGAAGGACAGGCAUGCAGGCAAGACGACACUUCCGCCGGGAAGAGGAUGUUUGAAGCAGACAGGUUAUUGCUUUCUGUUUAGACUGGUCACUGUUCACUGUAGUAAUCUUGUUAGUUUUAAUAUUCCCAUAAUUCUUCAUCAAUUACAUAAUCAAACUAAAAAAAUAAAAAAAUAAAUAAAUAAAAAAAAUAAAAAUAAAUAAAUAAAUAAAAAAAAUAACACUGAAAUACUUCUCAACUUUAUCUCACAGCUGAGCUUCUUAGUUUCUUCUGUGGAUAAUCCAUUUAGCUCCUGUCUUUAGGGACUGGCACCUAAGUGAGCCUUUUUCCUUCUUUUCCUGUUGCCCUAGGCCAGUUCCCCUCUUACAUUAAAAAAGAAAAAGGAAAGAAAACAAAAUUUCCAUCAUCAAGGUCUCUCCUUAUCUGUGAUACUCUAAAGCAACAAUGGUAAGACUACAACAUAUUGCCUCACCCCUCACCAACUCUGUCAAUGUGUGUCUUGUAUAAUAAUGGUACAGUACUCAAAUAUUUUUAUGCUUUGUAAAAUAAGAAACAGUUCUCAAAUGUUUUUAUGCUUUGUAAAAUAAGAAUACUAAUUUA